AAACAUGGCAAGAAAAAACUUUAUUUUACAUUGUAAUAUACUGUUAAUUACUAGUUUCUUGAUAUUUUUGUUUUUGGUAACAGAAGGGGCACCUCAGAGUGCAUUGGUAACUCAAAUCCCUGGCUUCAAUGGCACUUUUCACUCAAAACAUUAUGCUGGGUAUGUUAACAUAGAUGAAAGUCAUGGAAAGAAUUUGUAUUACUAUUUUGUUGAAUCUGAAAGAAAUCCAUCAAAGGAUCCAGUUGUUCUUUGGCUUAAUGGUGGACCUGGCUGUUCAAGCUUUGAUGGCUUUGUCUAUGAGCAUGGACCUUUUAAUUUUGAGUUGGGAAAGCCAAGUACUAGCCUGCCUUCUCUGCAUAACAAUCCAUACAGUUGGUCAAAGGUUUCCAGUGUAAUAUAUCUGGAUUCUCCUGUUGGUGUUGGAUUAUCUUACUCGAAAAAUAAAUCUGACUACGUGACAGGAGACUUAAAGACUGCAUCUGAUACCCAUUUGUUUCUCCUCAAGUGGUUUGAGAUCUACCCAGAGUUCCUCACGAACCCAUUUUACAUAUCUGGAGAGUCUUAUGCAGGAAUAUAUGUGCCAACUUUGUCUUACGAAGUAGUAAAAGGUAUUGAUGCUGGAGUAACGCCCGCUAUCAACUUUAAGGGUUACAUGGUGGGAAAUGGCGUGACAGAUGAGAUAAUAGACGCUAAUGCUCUUGUUCCAUUUCAACAUGGUAUGGGCCUCAUUUCAGAUGACUUAUACGAGGAAGCUACUGUUGCAUGCCAUGGAAAUUUCUACGAACCAGCGGGUAGUAAUUGUUCAGACAAGCUUAAUAGAAUUGAUCAGGUAGUUAAUGAUCUAAACAUCUAUGACAUUCUAGAACCAUGUUACCACAGCAAAGAACCUAGUGUAAUUACCACUGGUAACUCAAGAUUGCCCAUGAGCUUUCGUAAACUAGGUGAGACAGAAAGGCCUCUUCCUGUCAGAAAAAGAAUGUUUGGCCGUGCAUGGCCUUUUAAAGCUCCAGUAAGAGCGGGACAUGUCCCAACUUGGCCAGAAAUUCUCAAUGGUUUAGAUGUCCCUUGUACUGAUGAUCGUGUUGCUACUGCGUGGCUAAACAAUGAAGAUGUUCGUAAAGCAAUUCAUGCUGAACAAACAACGGUGAUAGGUCCCUGGGAGCUAUGCACAGCCAAAAUAGGUCUAAGUCAUGAUUCUGGAAGCAUGAUUCCGUAUCACAAAAACCUCACAGCUCGGGGAUAUCGGGCACUCAUAUACAGUGGGGAUCAUGAUAUGUGUGUACCAUUCACUGGUUCAGAAAAAUGGACAAGAUCACUUGGAUAUCCAAUCGUGGACAAAUGGAGGCCUUGGUAUGUGAAUGAACAAGUUGCAGGUUACAUACAAGGUUAUGACAACAACCUCAUUUUUAUAACUAUUAAGGGAGCUGGACACACCGUGCCAGAGUACAAACCACGAGAGGCAAUGGCGUUCUAUUCCCGGUGGCUAGAGGGCAAGAACAUAUGAUGAUAUGAAGAAUGAAGACUGAACUAGUAGACAUUAAGUCCAAUUAUUUCU